AUGGUCCAAAUCAAGAUCACUUCUUUGUUCAGAAAAGGAACUAAUCAACCCAUUCUUGUUCUUGUUAUGGAUAACCGACUCUAUAACCCGGUUGACGCCUUAAUCGGCGGUGUUCAAUCAAAUCUGGUUAACAAUGUUAUUUGGUUUAAACUAACGCCAAAUUAUUUUGUUUCCAUCGAUGAUCCAAACAUUGAAAAAGUUUUAAAAGUCAAAAUCAAACUUUUAAAUCUUCAAAUGGAUCGUAACUCUCCAAGUUUAGGAAUUCAAUGGAAAGUUCUCUACGAACUGACCAAAGAACCUGAAACUUCUACUCUUCCGAUUGACCCCAAACUGGUCACUCUUUUUGAACCUCGACCCUUCGAUUCAAUAAUUGAACCAAAAUUAUUGAAAUGGACAGACCUCAAAAUACCAAGAAAUUGGCUAUUCGAAGGUAUCGACACAGAAAAGAAAGUUCGAAUAGAGGAACGUACAGUUACCACUAUUCAAGCUUCUAGUUCUAAUCUCUAUAUUAAAAAUAUAGAGAAACCUAACAUUCAACGUUCAGUCUAUGCACGACAUCCUCGUGAACCAACUGGAUGGGAUAAACUACUCCCUCCUAGACUGUCAAACAUCCAGCCUUCAAAUCUACCUCCUAGAUAA